AUGGGCAUCGCGUGGUCGCGCUGGCUCGACGUGCUGCACGGUGGCGAGUCGGAGGGCGUGCCGCCCGCCGUGCCGGCGAUGGUGCAGCGCGCGUACGACCAGUACGCGGACGACAACGGCGUGAUGACCAGCAAGGCGCUGCUCAAGUUCUUUCAGGAGUUCCAGCAGGACAAGGGCGUGCUGCACGGCCCGAUGGCGAACCUGCUGCUCUCCUUCCCCUCGUCCAGCGCCAAGCCCGCGGACGGCAUCCCCCAGGUCAACCGCAGCCGGUCGCACCGCGCGCAGACGCAGGGGCACCGGCACUCGCGCACGCUGACGCGGUACUCGCUGACGCUGGGCGGCAGCCGCAUGAAGGCGCAGGCGGAGCCCAACGCGGACCAGUUCCUCCACGUGCUGCUCGCCCCGCUGCUCACGCCCGCCCUCGCUAACCGGGUGAGUGCGGACAUGCGGUUACCGCUGUCGCACUACUACAUAUACACGGGGCACAACUCGUACCUCAAGGGCAACCAGCUGACGAGCGACAGCUCCGUGAAGCCCAUCGUGAAGGCGCUGCGGCGCGGUGUGCGCGUCAUUGAGCUCGACCUCUGGCCCUCCAGCGACAAGUCUGAAAUCCUCGUCAUGCACGGCGGCACGCUGACGCGGCCCGUGGGGUUUGCGGAGUGCAUAAGCGCGAUAAAGGAGCACGCGUUCGCCGUGUCAGACCACCCCGUCAUCAUCACCCUCGAGGACCACCUCCCUCCCCCUCUGCAGGCCAUCGCUGCCCAGGCGAUGUGCGAGGUGCUGGGCGACAUGCUGUACAUCCCCGAGGACGAGUCCCCCCAGGGCGACUUCCCCUCGCCCUACUCGCUGCGCCGCCGCAUCCUCGUCUCCACGCAGCCGCCCAAGGGGCCCAAAGAGCUCUCCACCGUCGUCGCCCCUGUUGGAUCCUUCCGGGAAGUUGCGGGCGUUGAACCAUGCUCUCCACCUUGCGUGUCCCCACGUAAUCGUGAUGUGGCACGUGUUGACUCGCCUGCUGAUGUGGCACGUGUUGACUCGCCCACUGAUGUGGCACGUGCUUCCUCAUCUGCUGAUGUGGCGCGCGCUUCAUCAUCGGAUGAUGUGGCAAGUGGCCGUGUUGUUAAUGGUAUGGUUCGCACUCUACCCGCUGCUGACGUGGCAUGCAACUCCCAUGGUGCUGAGCUGGCACGGGGCCAGACGGACUGGCUAUCAUUCAGAGACCUGGCAGAGGGGUCAUCAUCUGCAACGCUGGCUUCGGGUGGUGGUGGUGGUGCUGCUGCUGCUGCUGCUGCUGCGCCCCCGCACUCACAUCCUCUAACACACUCACAUGCGCCUGCCAGCAUCAGCCAGCUAUCGGGCAUAGAGGAGAUGGCGGAUGACCCAGGAGGAAAGGGAGGAGGUGCAAGGGCAGCGGGGGAGGGCAGUGGUGCGGAGGCAGGGGCAGCAGAAGGGGGGAGCGGGCGGGCGCGGGGGGGGCGAGAGUCCUUUUCCUUCCCCGUGGCGGCGGAGGGGGGCGAGGGUGGGGGGGGCGACCCCAGUGUGGCGCUGGGGGCGGCGCUGAGCAUGGGCAGCAGGCACCGCAGCAGCAGAGGCAGUCCUGUGGGCGGGCCAGGAGGGUUUUCUCGGCGCAUCAGAGGGAUUCCGUCUCGAGGCAGUGGCAGUGGGCUGGGGUGGGGCAGCAUGGGGCACAGCAUGGGGCACAGCAUGGGGCACAGCAGUGGGCAGUGGUCGGGGCGGUCGUUGCAGCUGCACCAGGUGGACGAGACGCACCUCCACCAGGUGGAGGUGCAGUGGACGCAGGAGGACGCGGCGGAGGAGGCAGCAGAGGACGCACUGACGGGCAAGGUGCCGCAAUACCGCCGCCUCAUCUCCAUCCCGGGCGGCAAGCUCAAGGGCGGCAGCGUGGAGGAGGGGCUGAGCGCGGGGCAUGGCGAGGGGGUGCGGCGCAUCUCACUGUCCGAGACGCAGCUCGCCACCGCUGCACGCUCCUCGCCCCACCUGCUGCUCAGGUUCACACAGCGCCAUCUGCUGCGCAUCUACCCGUUCGGCCUGCGAGUCACGUCAUCCAACUACAACCCCAUGCAGGCGUGGCUGCACGGGGCGCAGAUGGUGGCGAUGAACAUGCAGGGGUACGGCCGCCCGCUGUGGCUCGUGCACGGCUUCUUCCGUGCCAAUGGUGCCUGUGGCUAUGUCAGAAAACCCGCCUGCCUCAUGGGGGCAGUUGAGGGGCAAGCGGAGGGGCAGGCGGAGGGGCAGGCGAGGGAGGGCGGGGGCGGGGGGCAGGAGAGUGUGCCGUACAACCCCCAGGCAGUGCGUCCUGUGGAGCUCUUUCUAAGGGUGCAUGUGAUCCUGGGCACGGGGUGGUACACUCGCUUCUCCCACAACAACUUUGAUGCUGGCAGGCCCAGCCUGCUGUGCCGGGUGGCAGUGGAGGGGGCGCCGGCCGACGUGGGGGAGAGGCGGCUGGACAUUCGGGUGGGAGAGUGGAACCCUUGCUGGGACGACACGCCGCUGCUCUUCCCCCUCACCCUCCCCCACCUCGCCCUCCUCUGUUUCGAGGUCAAAGUGCUCGGCCUUUCGUCGUCCUGCUACCCAUUCUUUGACUAUCUGUUUGAGAAGAAUCUGUAUCAGGACGACUUUGGAGGGCAGGUGGUGCUGCCGGUGAUGGGCCUGCGGCCUGGCUUCCGGUGUGUGCCGCUGUACGACCGCAAGGGCCGGCCCAUGGCCGGGGAGCAAGGCGACGAGGCAGAUGGGCCCAGGCUGCUGUGCCAGUUUGAGCUGCUGAAACCAGGGGAGGAGAAGGAACCACAGGAUAGGGUUCCCAAGUCGUCCACUUGGACGGGAGGAGCUGCUAGCAGCAAGAUAGGCAUCCAUGCAUUGUCCAACAGGCGUCGGGGGAGACAUCUCUCGUUUGCCUCGCUUCUGAGCCCUGGCAUCGUUGCUCCGCUGGAGAAGCGAGCACCGCCUCGAGGGGGGGCUCUGGCGGUGAAAGCCGCUGCCGCAGAUGGUGCUGAUGCGGAUGGCGCGGGUGCGGGAGCGGGCGAGGCAGCAGCCCCGCGGGUGGGCGCGGUGCUGUUCGACAUGGACGGCGUGCUGUGCGACAGCGAGGACCCCUCGCGAGAAGCUGCAGUAGCGCUCUUCGCGGAGAUGGGCGUGACUGUGACGGCUCAAGACUUCGUGCCCUUCAUGGGAACAGGUGAAGCCAGCUUUCUUGGCGGUGUGGCGCGGGUGUAUGGAGUGGAGGGGUUUGACACGGACAAGGCCAAGAAGAGAUUCUUCGAGAUCUACAUUGACCGGUUCGCGCGCCCCAAUUCAGGCAUUGGUUUCCCCGGUGCGCUCAAGCUAGUGGAGGAGUGUCGGGCGGCAGGCUUGAGGACGGCUGUGGCGUCCAGUGCGGACCGAGUGAAGGUGGACGCCAACCUUGCAGCUGCAGGCAUCCCACAAGACAGGUUUGACGCCAUCGUAUCGGCGGACAAGUUUGAGCGCCUCAAGCCGGCGCCCGACAUCUUUUUCGCCGCCGCCAAGGAGCUGGGCGUCCCCACGGAUCAGUGUGUGGUGAUUGAAGAUGCUCUCGCGGGCGUGCAGGCAGCCACAGCUGCUGGCAUGAGGUCCAUAGCCGUGACCACCACCCUGUCAGCCGCCAGCCUUGCCGCUGGCCGCCCCGCUCUCAUUCGUCGAGACAUCGCUGACAUCAGCGUGGCUGACAUCACCUCUCUGCGCUACCCCCAAGAUGAAGAUGACGGCUCAUGUGGCGUUGCUGCCACGGCUGCCACAGCUGAUGCAGCAUCACUGUCCCUGCCUGAUGAGGCAGGCGCAUCAGGGGAGAGCAAGGGGCUGUGGGCGUCCAUAGACGAGCCUCUUCCCCUGCCGGGAGGCGUGAGGGUGACGCGGCGGGACGCCAUGCGCUACAGCAGCCUGGCCAUGGGGCUCGCCACCACCGCCUUCACUCUCGACAACCUCAAGGCCUUCUCAUACGCGUCCCCCAAGGCGCUGCUCAACAUGCUCACGGGCACGGCCGUGCCGCCCGCCAAUGCGGCGGGGCCACGUGGGCUCGUGAAGUACAUCCAGCAGCUGGACCGCAGUGGUGCGGCUGACCUGGUGCCGGACUUUGAGCCGCGCCUGCAGUGGCUCAACAGCGCCCCCCUCUCCUUCGACCGCGAGCUGCGCGGCAAGGUGGUGCUGCUGGACUUCUGGACGUACUGCUGCAUCAACUGCAUGCACGUCCUGCCAGACCUCGCCGCCCUCGAAAAGAAAUACGAGGGCCAGCCGGUGGUGGUGGUGGGCGUGCACUCUGCCAAGUUUGACAAUGAGAAGGACCUGCCGGCCAUCCGCAAUGCCGUGCUCAGAUACGAUGUCGCCCACCCGGUGGUGAACGACGGCGACAUGCUCAUGUGGAGGGCACUGGGCGUGUCAUCGUGGCCCACACUGGCCCUCGUGGCGCCCACAGGGCGGCUCAUCGCCAUGGUACCAGGGGAGGGCAACAGACAGCUGUUUGACGACCUGAUAGCCGCCUCCCUCGAGUACUACGGCGCCAAGGGCGCGCUCAGUGACGCGCCCAUCCCGGUGGCGCUGGAGCGCAGCAGGGACCAGCGUGUGGUGGCGUCGCCACUGCGCUUCCCCGGCAAGCUGGCGUCGGACCUGGCCAACGGGCGCCUCUUCAUCUCCGACUCCAACCACCACCGCAUCGUGGUGACGGACCUGCAAGGGAACUUCCUGGCGCAGAUAGGAGGGGCGGGCGAUGGGCUGGUGGAUGGGUCGUUCGAGACGGCUCAGUUCAACAGGCCUCAGGGCGUGGCGUAUGAUCCUUCUCGGAACCUUCUGUUUGUGGCGGACACGGAGAAUCAUGCCCUGCGGCAAGUGGACCUGGUGGCCGAGACGGUGACCACGGUGGCAGGGGAUGGGCGCAAGGGGCAGGACUACAAGGGCGGGGCCAGGGGUAGAGAACAGGCGCUGAACUCGCCGUGGGACGUGGAGCUCACAGCAGACAGGGCGGCAGUCAUGGUGGCCAUGGCGGGGCAGCAUCAGAUCUGGCGAUUUGAUAUCGACACGGGGCGAUGCGUGGUGUUCAGCGGGUCAGGCUAUGAGAGGAACCAGAAUGGCCGAAUGGGCUCUGACACGGCGUAUGCGCAGCCAUCAGGGCUGUCCCUGGCGCCAGGCGGCAGUGAGAUGUAUGUGGCGGACAGUGAGAGCAGUGCACUGAGAGCACUCAAUCUGCAGACGGGGGGCUCCAGACUCAUCGCCGGGGGCGAUGCCAACUUCGCUGAGAACCUUUUCAAGUUUGGUGACCGCGACGGCUCUGCAUCCAGAGCUCUCCUGCAGCAUCCACUUGGCACGCUCUCAUUGGACGAUGGCACGGUGCUUGUUGCUGACUCAUACAACCACAAGAUCAAGCUGGUGGAUCCGGCUCGUGGCUCUGUCGUCACCCUCGCAGGCACCGGCUCAGCUGGUUUCAGAGACGGGCCGGGAUUACAGGCACAGCUCUCAGAGCCAGCAGGCCUGGCACAUGGUCCAGAUGGCACGGUACUCAUUGCCGACACCAACAACAGCCUCAUUCGCUGCCUGCACCUCCCAUCCGCCUCCUCCCCCACCGCCCUGCUCUCCACGCUCGACCUCUCCUCCCUCCCCCCUCCCCCCGCUGCCUCCUCCUCAACUCAGCGGCGGCGCCUGCGGAGGCGGCAGAAGGCGGACGAGCAGGUGGUGGAGGUGGCGCCAGUGGCAGCCGCCAGGGGCACGCUGCAGCUCGCUCUCUCCAUCCCGGCCGACUACCACUUCACUGCUGGUGCCACGAGCAAGUACAGUGUGGAGCUGCCAGAAGCAGGGAGGGCAGUGACAGUCACACCGCAGGCCGGUGACCUCACUCUAUCGGGCUCACUCGCCCUCGCCUCACUGGACUUCACUCAGGAAGAAGCGGUUGACAGCAGCGGCAGCUCGGUGGUGCAGGUCCACUGCAAGGUGUACUACUGCCAGCAGGACGACCUGUGUCUGUACAAGGCUGUCAACUUCAAGAUUCCAUUCACUCCCUCUGCAGCAGAGGAAGCACAGGACGUGCAGCUGUCAUUUGACAUCACCCCUGCCCCUGCAGGCAAGGCUCUGCUGCCAACAGCAUGA